CGCCUUUCAUCGCACACACACGACGUGCGUCUGUUGACUCGCCAACCUUUCCUCCAAUUCCAAUCCAACACAAACCGAAAACACACAUUAGUGUUUGUCUGUGCGCAUUGCAUUCGGUUCGAGUGAAGAACGAGAUGAGAGGCAGGCAAGGAGAACGAGCCACAUCCAUCCAGAUGUAUGUAUGGGCUGGCUGCACUGCACGCAUGCCGCAAGAGAGAACCCUCGACCGGGCGGCACCGCAUGGACAAAUAAAUAAAACACAAAACCCACACCUUAGUUAAACCACAUACAAAUAUAUGCAUAACACACACAUCGGGCGGGCACAGCAACACACUCGUCUGUCUGUUUGCGUACACAGAUUGAUUCUUGUUGACACAGAUAGAUAGCACAUAGCAUAGAGCCAGCCGCACGGCACAAGGAGGUGCCCGCACGUCACGGCAACAGGCCAAAAAAGGAGUCGCUCACAGACAAACCGACCAUAGAUAGAAGCAAGACACAAGCAAGACAGGCUGACCGACCGAGGCAGUGAGUCUGCCUGUUUAUUGCAUCAAGAUGUCCUCUUCCGGCUGCGCAUCCCUGUAGAUGUCGACAUCGAUCCACCCAAUGUAGUGUCGGUCACCAAACCCCCCGAUCCAAUGUACAGCUGAUUGCAAUCAACCCCCCACACACACACGCACGCACAUAUCACUUCUGAGUGUUUUGUUUCUCCGGCCUGCCCUUCCACCUUGUGGUUGGAACCGCCAGAAGGAGAACUUGUGGCUCUUGAGGUGCUCCCACGCCUGAACGAACGAACGAAGAGUGAGUGCAGCACGAUCCUCCGUUCCACCCACCCUCCCUGCCUGUGUCCCUGCCUCACGUGUGCCUCGGGGUGCUUGGCGAAGUAGCAGUCCCUUACCCCGGCCUCGGGAUCUGACCGACACAACACCGACACACAACUCAAGUGUGUGUGCGAGGCACAACCAUGACGUGCCAUGCCAUGCCAUGCCAUGCCUUGUGUGUGACCUGCCACAGCGGUCAUGUUGCCCAGCAGAGUCACUCUGGCGUUGAAGAGCGGGUCGGGCGAGGACGUGUCGGGCGACCGGACGGCCAAGCUCACCUUGUUGUUCCCCUCGGCCAUAUAAUUGAUCACAUUCAUCUCCAGCUGACGCCAUCGCACAAGCAAGCAGAGUGUUGUCGCUUAGCAAGUGACCUUUUGAUUCCCCCGUCAGCGUGGCUUACCGGCGAGAGGAAGAACAGCAGAUCUCCCCGGGAGCUGGUACAGACGUCCUCCGCGUAUAUGUCCACAGAGCUGUAAGGAUAGCCCUUCAUGCUCCCCACGGGGAUAGAAGUGCUCAGUGAACCGAACCCAACCGAGCGGACCAUCCCCCUGGCCAGAGGAGCAGCCUCUUCUGAAGCAGCAAACACACAAACAGACAGACAGGCGCACACCAAUCAGGCAUCCUCCCACGCCACCAGGAAAGAUCUGUGUGUGGGAUGCAUGUCACACCUUGGGUUCGCUCGGCCGACGAUGUCACCACCGACGCAAGUAGAGCGAGGACACAGGCCACGUGCAUCUCUGUUUGCUUUCCGCCUUGUGAGUGAGCAGUUUCACGUCCU